CGGAUCACCUGGAGCUGCCAGGAGCAUAGGAUGGAUAUGGCGCUGCGAGGCCUAGGCGAUUCCAUGGCGGCGCGUCUUGACCUUGGAAAUGUGUUACUCCCCGCUCGCUCCUCGCGGAGAUGGGGGAGACCGACACUCGAUCGGAAGUGUCGAAGUGGCUGGAGUGGGAGGUGUCGAGCACAAGGGCAAAACUCUGGCGUUCCUACACAAGAACAGGAUAGAAAAUCUCAGCAGGAUGGGGCUCAGUAUAUGUUUCACGCCGAAAGUGGUGGCCAGGUCAGAGUUUCUGUCCAAGAGAACUCGCUAAAAUACAUGGUGAAUGUUGAGGCGAACUUACCCGAUAUCUUUCCAGGCGAGUCUCCUAUUCUUCUUCACUGGGGCCUCUUCAGGUCUGAUUCCACUGACUGGGUGCUUCUUGAGCCCAACGAUGCUCCUGCGAGUACAAAAUUUCUUGGUGGAAAAAACGAGGCAAUGCAAACACCUAUGCAGCAGCUCGCAUCCUGUGUUCAAACUCUACAGCUCGAGCUUCCUUUAAACAUGGCACCUUUUUACGUUAGCUUCGUCCUCUGCAAGCCAGCGUCCAAGGACAGCGAAGACAUGUGGAUCAAAAGCAACUCCGGCUCAAACUUUUGCGUCCCUUUGGGACUGCGCACUGGACGCCCCGAUCCUCUCGGCGUAACUCUAGAAGCGGAUGGUUCCGCUAACUUUGCUCUGUAUUCCAAAAAUGCUGCAAACGUUACGCUCUGCCUCUAUGGCCCGGAAGACAUUGAGCCAGCAAUGGAAAUUGAUCUCGAGUCUGUCACUCAUAGAACUGGAGACGUCUGGCACGUACAACUUCCAAGCAUUGAAGGUUUUAUCAGCUAUGGUUACAGAUGUAGAGGUGAUGAAACCUGGGAAAAUGGGAAUCGUUUCCAUAAGCGUCGCAUUCUAUUAGACCCUUACGCCAAGUUUGUUUCUCCAUUCAUCCCAGGCCAAGAGGAACUGCCAUCGCCUGCUACUGCUCUAGGCUUACUGCCAACAAAUGUGCCGACGUUUGACUGGGAAGAGGAAUCAUCCCCUUGUAUUCCCCUGGAACAAGUUGUUGCCUACAGACUAGAUGUCGCAGGGUUUACAAGUCAUUCCUCCUGUGGGCUGGACGAGCGAUUGCGUGGUACAUUUUUGGGACUGGUUGAAAAGAUAUCACAUUUUCAGUCUCUUGGUGUUAAUACGGUUAUUGUACGUCCAAUUUUCUCUUACGAUAGAUCUCAAGGUCCCUAUUAUCCUUUCAGCUUUUUCUCUCCAAUGGAAGACUAUGGUUCUGGUAGUAGUAGUCUGGAUGCAAGCAUCUCCUUCAAGGAAAUGGUGAAAGCGCUACACAAAAAUGGCAUUGAGUUGAUCUUGGACGUGGUGUAUACACACACUUCUGAGAAAGGAGACGAGGAUCCGGAAACUGUAUCUUUUCGUGGAAUUGAUAAUCAAACUUACUACAUUCUUGACAAACAAAAACGGAUUUUGCAAUCAAAGUUCGGUGCUGCGAACGUUUUCAACUGUAACCAUCCUGCGGUACACAAAGUGGUGAGUGUGGAUUCCUUUUUGUAUUACAGCUUCCUUGUUUUUCAGGUUGUGGAUAGUUUACGUUAUUGGGUCGAAGAAUACCAUGUAGACGGAUUUUGUUUUGUCAAUGCUCGUGAUCUCACGAGAGGACCGCAUGGAGAGGAGCUCUCUCGGCCACUUCUUCUCGAAGCUAUCACUUUUGAUCCCGUCCUUGCAUCUACGAAACUGAUUGCGGAUCCGUACUCACCAUUGUCUUCUGUUCCCGAGCCUCUCAAGUUUCCACACUGGAAACGGUGGUGCGAAUGCAACAUAAACUUUCAAAUGGAUAUGACUAGUUUCUUUCGAGGUGAACAAGGAAAGUUGAGUGAUCUCGCAACCAGAAUUUGCGGAAGUGCUGAUAUGUUUGCAGAUGAGCGAGGGCCAUCUUUUUCUCUAAACCACAUAACGAAUGCAUAUGGGUUCUCAAGGCUAUCAGAUUCAACAUCUAACAGUGAAAAUGCGUGUGUGUCUCAGAAAACAAGCAAAACGGAGCCAAAUGUCGAACUUCAGCUCCACAAUCUUCUUGUUACACAAUUCUUGUCGCGAGGGACCCCCGUCUUAAAUAUGGGAGAUGAAUAUGGACUUUUAGACGACGGCAAGGCUAUACAAUUUGACUGGCAGAAGCUAGCCUCCGCAACGCACACAGUUAAUCUUAUUUCAUCUCUUUCUUUAUUGCGAAGUCAACACGAGAGCCUAUUACAGAAGAACAAGUACGUAAGUUCAGAAAUGAUCACAUGGCACGGAGCAACAUAUGAGGAAGAACCUCUAUGGACUGAUCCAAACAGUAAAUUUCUCGCUGUCACUCUGGAAGACAAUGAUACUGGUGAUCUCUGCAUAGCUUUCAAUGCAAGAGAUGAUGUCGUUGAAUUGACUCUCACAGAAGAAGCAACAUGGCUUAGAAUCAUAGACACCACCUUACCUUACCCAGAAACUAUUGUUCUUAAUGGAGCAGAACUAAGCUCCGAAGCCGGCACCUCCAACGCCGGUGCCUCCUACAGUGUACAGCCAUUCAGUGUUGUGGUGCUACGAGCAGGAAAAUGCCAAGAACUAAAAGACCAAACUUGAGUGACUAGAAAGCUAUGAAUGGGAUUUUUGGUUUGAGGCCUUUGCGACUUUAGAAUCCUUUUGACAAACCAUAUGAUUCCAAUUCACAACAUUAAGCCCAUACCAUAUCUGUUUGAAUUUACAGUCCACUUGGGCCGAACUUAAGAGCAUGCCCACUUGAAUC